AUGAUGAUGCAGGCGUUCCGGCGGCUGCGUGGAGAGGGCAGCUUGGAGGCGGACCUCCGCCAGAUCUCGGAAGGCUCCGUCGCGGCGUCCCCACCCAAGGAGGUUUUCGCCAGAGUCAUGCAGGCAUCAGAAUACGCAGAGGAGCGGAAGCGAAUCGUUCUCCACAUGCAGGCUUGCUUGGCAGACACGCGCUGGCGCCCAAUCCUCUCAGGACUGUCGCUGCUCUCGGAAUUAUUGCAACGUGGAUGCCACCGGCUUUUUGAGGAGAUGGCUCAGGGCUUCCACUUCGACCCACUUCAACGUCUGAGCCUCCUGGAGCGCUUCCAGUACGGCGAGGACCCGCGCGUGCAGACGCUCAUUCGGCAGAAGGCCUCCAAGUUGCGCGAAGCUCUACUUGAGAAAUUGGCCUCCAGUACAGACACACCAGUGGAGGAGUUGAAAGGAUUCUCAAAUGCCGAUGUCUUGGUGCCGACACAGCGAAGGCAAGGGCCGAUCAAUGGUGUCGCAUUGAUCGGGCACACUGCCGAUACCGACGACGAGACCAGCGAUGGUGAGUUCUCGCCCGGCCUGCAGCAUGCGGCCUCGACGGUUUCGACCGACUCCUCUGGCGAAGCCGGAGACCUCCUGCAGCUCGAAGGUGAUGCUGUCAAAACUGUGGGUCCGGGGAACACCGAUCUGGUGGUGGACCUGCUAGACCUUGCGUAA